UAUAUAUAUAUGUGUGUGUGUGUGUGUGUGUGUGUGUGUAUAGCUCCUCAAGUGUUCUUGUCUCUUUAACUUCAUAGCAUUUCUUGUGAUAGCGUAUAUCAAAGAGUCUAAAUAAUUUGAGAGAGAGAGAAAAGGAAGAUGCCGCCAGGUUGGGGACCGCCACCAGGAGGACCUCCCGGAGGACCAGGGAUUUGUGGCUGCUGUGAUUUUCUCUGUAAUGGCAUAUGCAGGAUUGCAUCUUCUUGUAUGUAUUUCCUGUGCUGCUGCUGCAUCCUAGAGAGUUGUUGUGGACCAGUAUUUGGUGGUCCACCUCCAGGCGGACCACCCGGAGGCCCAUUUGGCCCUCCGCCUCCGGGACCUCCUCGGUUCUGAAUUCUGUCAGCCACGCUUGCCUGAUUAUUUGUUUAUCGUUGUGAUUGCAUUAGCAAGAUCAAGAUAUGCAUGUAACCUUACGUUCCUUGUAUGUUGCUGAGUAGCUUGUCUGAUCAUUUGUAUUAUUGUUAGCCCAUUUUUAUAAGAAGAUUGUCCAUCUUGUUUC